CUUCCAUCUUCUUCUUCAAUCUAUUUUAAUGCUGGCCAGAAAAGCGAUGACAGAUCAAGACAACUACCGACCUCGAUCUCCCGAUUUAUCCUCCCUCCAAUCCCCCGUCUCCCCCUCCGUCAACACCCCCGUCUACCAGUUCGGCAACCCGGUGGCUCAUCGCGCCUCCUACGACGCCUCUCCCUUCUUCACCCCGCAGUACCAGAGCCCCCCGGCCCCGCACGGUAGGACGUCUCAGCAGUACGUGCCUCCGUACGCAGAGCCCAUUCCCUUCGACCCCGACAUGGCUCGUCGAUCGUCCCGUCUCGCGCGUGCCGCCGAAGUCGCGCCCAUGUCCCCCAUGGCGCCCAUGGCCCAUAUGACGGAACAUAAAUAUAUGGAACCGAUUGCGCAGCCGAUGCCACAAUCUAUGCCACAACAUAUGCCACAGCCGAUGCCACAGCCGAUGCCACAGACCAUCCCGCAGCCGAUUGCACAACCGAUUGCACAGCCGAUCUCGCCGCCGAUGGCACCGCUCAUGUCGCAUCCCGAGGAACCCCUGCCCCUUAGUGCACCGACUCCCGUGGAGGUGAAGACGAAGUUCCCCGUUGCGCGCAUCAAGCGCAUCAUGCAAGCAGAUGAGGAUGUGGGCAAGGUGGCCCAAGUGACUCCCAUUGCCGUGUCCAAGGCUUUAGAACUAUUUAUGAUCUCCCUCGUCACCAAAGCCGCCAAGGAGGCGAGAGACCGCAACUCCAAACGCGUCACCGCGUCGCAUCUCAAACACGCCGUCGCCAAAGACGAAGUGCUGGACUUCCUGGCAGAUAUUAUCGCCAAGGUCCCCGACCAACCGACCAGCCGCAAACACGACGACGACAACAGUGACGGCAACGAACAGCCCAAGCGGAAGCGCGGUGGGCGGCGGCCCAAGGACGACAGCGAUUAAGCCUGACCAUUCUCUUUCUUUUUUUCUUCUUCUUUCUUUCUUCCUUUCUUCUUCUUCGUUUCUUCCCUUUUUCUUCCCUUCUCGAACCUAUUUUCUGAAUGACUUGAUGGACAAUCUUUUAGACUGGGAUGGAGAGCGGGCGCAUCUCUGGCGUUGUGGC